UUUCGAUUUAACAUUAUGGACAAAUUACUUCGUCUACCAUCUGUAUUUCUUGAACCAGCAAGAAUCGCUCCAACUUACAACAAAGUAGUCUGUCAUCUCCAUUUUCGCUCAUACAUUCCUGGCCCAAUGGACUUUUAUAUUGACUUUGCAAGACGUGCUGCUUAUGCUUUAGAUAUGCCUUGCUCUGGUACCGUUUAUCUUCCGACAAAAACCUCUCGGUGGACUGUUAUUCGUGGUCCAUUUGUUCACAAAAAAUCUCAAGAGAAUUUUGAAAGAAAAACUCAUAAAAGAUUAUUAGUGAUCAAAGAUGCAAAUAGGCCCGUGGUGGAAAGAUGGUUAUGGUACUUAACUCAGAAUUGUCCUGGUGGUGUUGGAAUGAGAGUUACACUUUGGGAAUGGGAUGAACUUGGUGUGGGUCGGAAAAUGUUGGAUGAAGCUAAAGGAAAAGAAGAGAGAAUGUUGCUCAAAGAUGUUGAAAAUCUGAAUUCAGAAAGUGGUGAGAAUAAUAAACAGGCUCACCUUCAUCUGGCUCCUCAGACAUAUAAAUGUAAACUCUUCUUCUGGAGAUAUAUUGACACGUUUCGCAAGGAAAAUUUCUUGGCUUUUUCUUUUCCGUUUACAUUGAAUCCUGGGAUCGGAUUUCAGCCGGCACACGUUUAA